AUGCAUCAAUAUCAUUUGGGGACACAUGAGGAAGAGAAAGAAGGAGAGCUUGUAGUCUCUAAGAUAUUUUAUCAGACUCAACCUAGGCAAUGCAACUGGUCGUCUUCAACGUCGAGCUUGAACGCUAUAGGCGGUGGAGGCGGCGAAGGAAGUAGCGGUGGAGGCGGCGGAGAGUAUCAAAUGAGGAGAGAGAGUGGGACUACUAGUGGUGGGAGUUGUUCUUCAUCUAGAGAGAUUCUUAAUCCUCCCAAUCGAUCUGAUGAAGUAGGUGGCGUUAUGGCGGUGGCGGCUGGUCUUCCGAGUUAUGCAAUGGAUCAACUCAGCUUUGUUCCGUUUAUGAAGAGCUUUGAUGAGGUAUGCACUGAUUUCUUUUUUUUCGUUUCAUAA